GUGUGCCCUGGUCACAGCUCCUUCCAGCAUGGCCCGAGUCAAGUCCAGCGAUCACAUUCACGGUCUGCCUACAGUGAACCUCAGCUCGAUCAUUGGUUGCCGUCAAUUCCACCACAGCUCAGUCAAUUCACCUCUCAUCAUGGCUAUAGUCCUCCACUUCAACCCUCUGCUGUGGACACGGCUGGCAGCCCUGGCUUUCUCCUGUGUGGCAUUCUCCGUGGCUGUGCAUGGUGCCAGGACCAUCCCCAUCAGCGGAGACUGGUGCAUCUUCUGCUGGGCCUUCAGCUUUGCCGGCACUCUGCUCGUGAUUCUGGUGGAGCUCUUCGGUCUGCAGAUGAAAGUCCCUGUUUCCUGGAAGAACUUCCCUAUCACCUUUGCCUGCUACGCUGCCCUACUCUGUUUGUCCGCCUCUAUCAUCUUCCCACUCUACUUCCUCAAACAUUCCACAGGCCCCAGUACGAUCCGCGACUACCGCAUUGUGGUAGCAGUCUUCUCCUGCUUGGCUACCAUUGCUUACAUAAGUGAGGUGAGCAUCAGCAAGGCACGUCCGGGCGAGGUGGUCGGCUACAUGGCCACAGGACCUGGACUAUUGAAAGUCUGUGAGACCUUCGUGGCCUGCAUCAUCUUCGUCUUUGUGACUGAUCCUGUGUUGUACGACCGUCACGAUGCACCAAAGUACUGCAUGGCUGUCUACUGCAUCUGCUUCAUCCUGUCAGCAGCCAUCAUCCUGCUCUGUAUAGGCGAGUGUACUGGGUGCUUGCCUUUUCCGUUCCCCCGGUUUCUGUCAGCCUACGCCAUGCUGGCUGUGGUCCUCUACCUGUCAGCAACCAUCAUCUGGCCUAUCUUCAACUUUGACCCCAGGCAUGGUGGGAAUAGAGAUAGGCCAUACAGCUGCAGCACAGAAUCAGGCUUGUGUUCGUGGGAUAAGCGUAUGGCAGUGGCUCUACUCACUGCUGUCAACUUCAUCCUCUACCUGGCAGACCUGAUCUACUCCACCCGCCUGGUAUUUGUCAAUGCUUAAAAAACAGGAAGUCAGGCUAGCAGUAUGCUUCAAAUAAAAUUGAAUUUGCCCACUUUG